AAGAGAUGAAUAUAAAAGAUUUGCUACACAAUGAAAUUAUCAUAAUAAAAAUAACCGAAUUUUUGACCAUUCUGGAGAUUCAAAAUUUAAUAAUUUCCCUGAGAAUUAAUGUUAAGACGAACGUAUACUUUAUGAAUGAGUGUCUGUCCAUAUUGAUGGACAAGGAAUACACGGAGGAAGAGGAGGGAGAAGACGCGAAGGAAAAUUCAGAAGUAAAAAACAAUGUCGAAAGGAACGAAGGAGAACUACCCCCCUCUUCAGAUAUAGCCACAGCUAUAGCUACAUCGAACCUAAGUGCGAACCAGAAUGAUAGGCGUAGCCCCUUUGAGGAAAACGAAACACAUGAGGGAAAUCCUAAUUGGAGUAGCACUGCUGAACAAAAUGAGUCCCACCCGAACGGGGAAAUAAUCGAUUUGGUGACCUACGAAGAAGAGCGCACGAAUAAUUUGGGGCACCCCCCACACGAGGAAGCAACAAAGCGAAAGAUAAAAUCAAAACAACGCAAGUAUAAAAACUUUUACGAAAAGAACGUAAAAAAAGGUGGGAAAAUGCGAUCAAUUAGGGAAUGCUUGAACAUCGAUUUUUACUCGAAAGGGAAGAGACCGCUACACAACACAAACUCUGAAAAAGAAGGAAACGAAUGGUUCAGAAAAUUUUGGCUGUACACACAUCUCUCCCACGAAAUAAUAGAUUUGAAAAAAAAAUUAAAAAAUGGAUUUUUAAAAAUAAACAAUAAUGAAAUGGUGCCUAAAAAUAGGACCAAACGGUUUGAUCCUUUUCAGCUUUUCAAAUUUAAUGGAAAAUUUUAUACCAUUUUUGAUGUCCCUUGGGUUUCUGUAUAUUUCCAAUUUUGCUUAAAUGCCAUUUGUGUAUUUUGUCAACAGAAAGUUGACAGGGAUUCCUUAUGUGUAUUUGCAGAGAAAAUUAAUUUAACUGUGUCAAAUAAAUUGCUUUUAAAUUAUUUUAAUCAUAUUAUAAAAUCUGGAGAGCGUAACUUGCACGUAAACAAGGAGGAUAAUAAUGACCAGGCCAUUACAGAUCAGCCCCCCGAGGGAGAAGGGGCUGACGAAUUGGGGGAGCCCCCACAAAAAAGGAAAAAAAUAAGCCUUGAUUCUACCGAGGAUUGUUACGAACUCGAUUGUUCGUCCCUCAGGGAUCAACGCCGUGGUGAUGAUUGGGACAAUGUUGUGCGCAAGGAGGAUAAUGCGGACGCCCGUUCGUGCCGUAGAAGUGUUGACAACCUUCCGCUGGGGGGGAAGAGAGGUGCGAUUUCGAAGAAAGACGCCAAGGGUUCCUUCAUGGGAGAUCAUAACGAUUCCUUCUCCAUGGGAGACACGGAAGGUUCCCUCUCCCUGAGAGACAUGGAUGGUCCCUUAUCCCCGAGAGACAUGGAAGGUUCCCUCUCCCUGAGAGACAUGGAUGGCCCCUUAUCCCUGAGAGACAUGGAUGGUCCCUUAUCCCCGAGAGACACGAACGAUAGCACCUCGUGGGAGGGAGGAAGCUCCUUCGAUGGCAUUUCGUGGCAGGGUACAAACAACGACGCAUCGCUCCACUCGGAAAAUCAGCUGCACGAAGAACGCGUUCAAAUCAGAGAAGAAUUCCUAGCCGUAAGAAAAACGCACAUUUUCUGCGACGAUUGCUCAAGGAUCCUGGAGUACAGAAUGAACAUCAAGUCCAUUUUUGAAGCGCUGAAAAAAGAUUACGAAUUGUUAAAAAAACUGAAAAUUAUGACCAAAACGUUUAAAAUCCCCAAACAUCUUUUUUGUUUGUGUAAUUAUUUUUUUUUUAAGGACAAAUAUAUUGUGUAUUUUAAAAAAGUUUCCAAUCAUUUGCAAUGUUUGAGAAAAAUAUUAAAAAAAAAAUUAAUAAACAACUUUAUAUUCACCUUUUCGUUAAAUUUUUACAAAUUUGUAAUUCGAGCACUGCUAACAUGUGAUGACAAGAAAAUUUAUCAUUGCGAGGACAUUUUCUUGUUUGGAUUUUAUGUCAAGUAUAGGAAUUUACUGAAUAUGUUUAACAGCCCAAGAAUUAUUUAUGUGUACUACUCCUUCCAUGUCAUUUUGGAAAAAAUUAAAAAGCUUCAACUUCUUUUUAGCCAUAAGCAUUUCUUAAAGUUGACGCAUGAUCUGCACUUUGACAUCGUCGCCAUAAUUGAGAAGCUCAAACAAUCUGAUGCCAAGAAAAUUUACAGGGGUAUUUCCAAGUACAUAUAUGACAAUGUGAAUGAAGAAAUGCUAUCCACGAGAAGCUACGAUGAACUCUACGUGUACUUUUUUCAGUGCGUGAAGAAUUACAGAUUUGUCU